AUGCACGUGCACUUUCCUCUACCCGUCAUUUCAUGUGGUAAUGUGCCAGAAUUCUGCACCAAUACCAAUGAUCGUGAUGAAUUUGGGGAGCACCUGAAAGCUUUUGACCGAGAAGUAAAUGCAUUUGUGGACUAUAUGUUUGGACCUCGAGACACCAGGGUUAGAGGAUGGUUCCUUCUGGACUCUUACCUUCCCACGUUUUUCCUCACUGGAGCAUACCUGCUCUCCAUAUGGCUGGGCAACCGGUUCAUGAAGAACAGGCCGGCUUUCUCACUCAGGGCUCUCCUCGUUGUAUAUAACCUUGGGAUCACGCUGCUGUCCUUGUACAUGUUCAUAGAGCUCAUCCUUGCCACGUGGGAAGGAGGCUACAGCUUGCAGUGUCAGAACCUGCACAGCGCGGGGGAAGCCGACAUCCGGGUGAGCAGCGCCGCAGGCCGCAGCAUGAAUUUUCUCUAAACUGCCUCAUUCUUAAAGAGAAAAAAAAUAUCUUCUCUCAGCUUUCAACAGUUGGUAUAAAAAUGUUUUCCUUGUUGGAUUUUUGUAGGUUUCUUCGGACCUACUUUGAAUAGCUUUAUACAUGUGCUCAUGUAUUCUUAUUAUGGACUGUCAGUCAUCCCUUCCAUGCGCAAAUAUCUGUGGUGGAAGAAGUACCUCACUCAAGCCCAGCUGAUCCAGUUUCUGCUCACUAUUGCGCACACGCUCAGCGCGGCUGUGAAGCCAUGCGGGUUUCCAUUUGGCUGCCUCAUGUUCCAGUCGUCCUAUAUGACCACGUUGGUUAUUCUCUUCGUAAACUUUUAUGUUAAGACAUACCGGAAAACAUCUUCAAGAAUGGCUGCAAAGGAAACCACUCUCACAACAGAAAUCAAGAACGGUUUCCAUAAGGACUACUUUGCUACUGCCAAUGGAUUCCUGAAUAAUAAGAAAGCCCAAUAAGUAACUCAAUACUACGGUGUAGUAUUUCUCUUUU